CUCGUUUCCUCCGGAAAGUAAGGUUGUUGUUUAGCAUCGCAUGCGUCGUCUGACAAGCUUCUCUUUCAGCUGAAUCAUAAAGUUAAGAACGUAUGAUCGCUGAAAAUCAUUCUUAAGCUUUAACCGAACUGUUUCUCUGUGAGAGAAAGCAGUGAGAUAUUCAGGAUGGAUCCAGCUCUGCUGAGAGAGCGAGAACUCUUUAAAAAGAGAGCUUUAUCCAAUCCUGCGGUAGAGAAGAGACCAGCGGCCUCUGAGCCCUCUGGCUCCUCCAAGAAGAAAAAGAGCAAACCAGACAAAGAGACAUCAUCCUCCAAAAACAGCACAGAUCCCAGCAAUGGCUCCUUUAAUCUUAAAGCUCUGUCUGGGAGUUCUGGGUACAGGUUUGGAGUUCUGGCACGAAUUGUCAACUACAUGAAGACAAGGCACCAGAGAGGUGAUACUCAUCAUCUGACUCUAGAGGAGAUUCUGGAUGAAACCAAACUUCUGGACAUCGGCAUGAAGCAGAAGCAAUGGCUAAUGAGUGAGGCAUUAGCAAGUAAUCCUAAAAUAGAUGUGCGGGAAGGAAAAUAUGCCUUUAAACCCAAAUAUCAUCUGAAGGAUAAGAAAGCUCUACUUAGACUACUGGACAAACACGAUCAGUUGGGACUAGGAGGAGUGUUACUGGACGAUGUUGAAGAGGGUCUACCCAACGCAGCCAAGGCUAUUAAAGCUCUUGGGGAUCAGAUUUUAUUUGUGACCAGGCCAGACAAGAAGAAGAUAAUAUUCUACAAUGACAAACACUGUCAGUUUGUUGUUGAUGAAGAGUUUCAGAAGCUGUGGCGCAGUGUCCCUGUGGAUUCCAUUGAUGAGGAAAAGAUCGAAGAAUACCUGAAGAAACAGGGCAUAUCAUCCAUGCAGGAGACCGGACCAAAGAAAAUAGCGCCCAUUCAGAAGAGGAAGAAACCAGGUACACAGAGAAAGAGACGGUUUAAGACUCACAAUGAUCAUCUGAACGGAGUAUUGGAGGACUACUCUGAGGGAGUUCCCACCAAGAAGUGACAUGCAUUAUAUUCACACAGCUGUAAAGGCUCAGAGUGAGAAGAUAUCUGUGUAAUGUUUGUAUAUCUGAUCUAACAUCUUAAUGCCAAAACCACAAAGACACACACACACACACACACACACACACACACACACACACACACACACACUUUAGAACUGUACUGAGAGAGAUGAAUGUGAAUGCACUGUAAAUAUUUCUUUCAACUCUUAAGUUUAACUUUUUUGCUAGUGCUUUAAGAAUAGAAAAUUGUUAUGCUCUUAUUUUUUGGAGAAUGAACAAUUAAAUGAGCAAUCAAACCACA